CGACCCGUCGAAAAUAUCCACCAAUUGAACGGCGAACCGUUUGGGACGAGCAGCGCACGUAGACGGACUUUAUUGGCAUUGGAUUCACCAUUAGACUUCGACACAUCACUCAACCUUCAAAACGAUACGGCUGCAGUCAACUGAGAGUGUGGAUGCGUUGAACGAGGAUAGCAUCUGGACCGGAAAAUGUCACUUUGGGUGUCGUCGUCGUCGUCGUUUUCGUCAGCUCUGUGGCAGACCUUAGCGUUGACGGUGCUAUUGAUGCACUUGGGAUGCAUCGCUGCCGGAACUGCUAAACCUGUGCGACAUCCUGAGGGACUUCCGGAGAUAAAAUCAGCUAAGGAGUUGCAGUCACUGAUGUCCGGCGUAAACUAUCUGUUGCAUAACGCCAAUCAGGAUUUCAACUCCAUAAAAAAUUCCACCACUUCUCUGCGGAAGAAUUUCAACGAAUAUUCCAAUAAAACUGCCCGCCAUGCAUGGCCGUCAGCCCGAAAGCAACACAUCGAAGAAGGAGAUUUGCGUGAAGAAGCUGAACGAUUACAGACCAGAAUGCAAAAGUUCAGAAAACAGAUGCAAACAUUCAAACCAAUUGUUCAAAAGCUGCGGGAUCCAGCGGUAAGAAGUUUUGCUCGGGAUGUGCCCACCAAGAAACAGAUGGACCAAAAUAUCAAACUGUACGAAAUAAUGAUGCACCUGAUCAGCACCUUCAUCGAGUGUCCGAUGCACAUUCUGGAAGUUCUGAACUCAUCGGAGGAUGGUGGGAACGGCUCGUCGAUUCCUUACGAUGGUGAGCCGCCAGAGGAAACUAUGUACCCGGAAUAUUACUGAGGGCAACGAGUGUAAGAAUUAGUAUAACUAUUGUUCAUUGCGUUCGUUUUUACACACACAAAAUCUUAGUUAACUCUAGUUGUUCUGUGACGAAACACUGUUGUGAAGAGAUAAUAAAGUCAAACAUAUCAUGCGCAUCGUA